UCAUGGUCCAGCUGAGUCCCAAGAGGUGACGGGUGCGCGUCCGGCGAGCCCGGGGCGAAGGUCAUUGUGAGGUAGCCCACAACUCUCCUUACCCAACCCUCGAAAUAGAAGCCCUGGACCAGAGCCAAGGGCCUCUCGCCUGCCGUUGUUUCUUUCCAGGAGCAUUGUUAAGUUCCAAGGUUGGGAGGGGUAACAGCUGCCGUUUUGGGUGGCCGUUUCGGUUUCGCUUUGCCCUCAGUCGCGGCACGGGUCGUCAGGUGCACAGAGGCUUCGGCUUCAAUUGAAAGAUAGCUCUAAACAGUUCCAACAGCGUCCGUCAAGCGUCAUAGGACAGCAAAAUGGCAGCAGAGCUGGAAGGCAUCCCACUAGUGAACAUCGAGGUAGGAAGAAGCCGCUACAUCCUACUCAAGGUCUACAAUCCAGCAGACGAGGAAGAGCACAACAAGUAUGUUGUACGGGGAUCCGCACAAGCUCCGGACCAUGCCCACGUUCUAGAAGCUGAAGAAACCCAGCUCAAGAACAAAGGACUCGCCUGCGAGUGCCUUGGUGGAGGCUACAUAGUCCACCUCCCGGACACUCAGGAGCUCAAAGUGUACGGAACUUCCCAGAGGUUCGGCCAGGCCGACCACUCGAAGGCCUGCGACAUCCUACGCACUCAGUACCCGGACUACAAAAAGCUCACGUGGUCUAACGAAACUCUCUGAACUUUUGACUUUCCACUUCAUGAUCUGCUCGCACCGCAAUUCCCAGUCCACUGCUUCCCAGCCACAAUAAAGCUCAAUGUGUACAAAGA